CUGCCCGGUGGCACGCCGCGCACUGGGCCGGUCGCCGGGGGGACGGGCGGCCUCGGCCGUCGGCGGCAGCGUCGCCCGCGCUUGUCCGUCGGUCCCUCCGUGGCUCGCCCCACGGGGGCAUGGCCGGGUUCCCCACCUGCCCGCUGCCGCAAGGUGAUGACUAUCGAGCUUUAUCGUUGUCUGGUCAUGUUGGUGUUAGUAGUUUACCAGAUCAACUGGUUAGAAAAUCCAUCAGUCGGGGCUUCUGCUUCAACAUUCUUUGCGUUGGGGAAACUGGAAGUGGGAUAUCAACCUUGAUAAACAGUUUAUUUAACACCACUUUUGAUGACCCUGUGUCAACGCAUUUUCUGCCAAAAGUAAAACUUAGAGCCCAGACUUACGAACUACAGGAAAGUAAUAUUCUUUUGAAGCUGACCAUUGUAAAUACAGUGGGAUUUGGUGACCAAAUAGACAAAGAAGAUAGCUAUCAGCCAAUAGUGGAUUAUAUAGAUGCACAAUUUGAAGCCUAUCUCCAAGAAGAACUGAAAAUUAAACGUUCUUUAUUUAGCUACCAUGAUACUCGCAUCCAUGUCUGCCUCUAUUUCAUUUCACCUACAGGCCAUUCCCUGAAAUCCUUAGAUUUAUUAACCAUGAGAAGACUAGACAGCAAGGUGAACAUUAUACCAAUUAUAGGCAAAGCAGACAGCAUUACUAAAAGCGAACUACAGAAUUUCAAGAACAAAAUCAUGUUUGAAUUAGUUAGUAAUGGCAUCCAGAUAUACCAGUUUCCAACUGAUGAUGAAACCGUUUCUAAAAUUAAUACCAUCAUGAAUGGGCACAUGCCAUUUGCGGUAGUAGGAAGUAAUGAAAAGGUGCAAAUUGGAAACAAAAUGGUGAGAGUUCGUCAGUACCCUUGGGGCAUUGUACAAGUGGCAAAUGAGAACCACUGUGACUUUGUAAAGCUUCGUGAGAUGCUUAUUUGCACAAAUAUGGAAGACUUAAGAGAGCAGACUCAUGCACGGCAUUAUGAGUUGUACAGACGCUGCAGACUGGAAGAGAUGGUCUUCAGAGACAUUGGUCCUGGGCAUGAACCAGUCAGCCUUCCAUGUUCCGAGUCUUACCCAGAGAGAAAAACUGUGUGUCACAGCUAUGCUUCUGUAGAAAGUCCGCAGGAAGCCUAUGAGGCAGAGAGGUCUGAGUUCUACCUUGAACUGCAAAGAAAAGAGGAGCUAAGACAACAGUUUGUGCAGAGAAAGGGGGAGAAAGCAGCAAUGUUGAAAGAAGAAGAGCAACAACUACUAGCUAAGUAUGAACAUCAAAUGCAAAUGCUUAAAGAAGUGAAUCUGAAAUUGGAGAAAAAGAAAAAAGUUCUAGACGAUCAAAUAGCUAUGUUUCUUGAGAAGAAAGCUAACGCUGAGUUACUCCAGUCACAAGCAUCUAUUUCUACACCUGCUGUUAGUUUGAAGAAAGGCAAGGACCACAAAAAGAACCAAGGUUUUCGACUUGAAUUGCUGUGCUUUGAUAUCAGAGAUGAAGAAAUUGUGACUGUUCACGAACAGAGCAAGAGGGAGAAGGAGAAGUUAGAGAGGGAGAGAAAUUCACCCAGGGGAUUCCAGAAAUGACAAAUUUGAUUGCAGCACUGAGGUUUUGAAUGUAGGAUGUGUUAGUUUUAUGAAGCAGUCUGACUGCUGCUGUCCCAUAAUAUUGUAUGUGUCUUCCUAGUACAGAUUUUUCAGAAAGAUUGAUAAAAUUGGCUGUAAAAUUACACUGAGUGUGCAAUAUGAUCUGGUAAACAUUUCACCUCCUUUAUUUCUCCACUUCCAAAUGAAAACCUCAAAUAAAUAGUGAAAUUUCAGAAAUGUGUUCAAAAUUAGUCUCCAGAACAACAUGCCCAACUUUUUUAUAUGUAAACAUUGAAUUAAAUAUUCAUAUAUCAAAUUGUUACCCAGAAGCCAUUUGACUUAUUAAUUUCCUUUCCUGAUAAGCUACAAUUUUACUGCAGAUAACAUUUUGUUGAUUAAUAUCUUAUUGCAAUUGAAAGCAGAUUUUUUGGUACAGAAAUUGUUCAUAACUGCUACACUAUGAAAAACUUUAGAAGCUAGAUGGGUGCACAUUUUUUGGGUGUAUGCUAGCAGCCUGCUUGUGUUUUUGCCAAAAUUUAUUGCACUUCAAGUAAUAUUACUGAGUUCCUUUUCCUAAACUCUUUUUUCUGGAUUUAUAUAUGGAAGUGGAAUUCUUGGUAGUAGAAGUCAUUAUCUGCACUAUCACGAGUAACUUUCAACUACAGAAAAUAUUUAGAUUUGUUUUCUCUGUUUUAGUUUUAUUUCUUCAGAGUAUGUUACAGUUUAUGUGCUUGCUUUUGUUUUUCAGUUCCAGCUUUAUGUAAUACUGAUGAUAGAAGAAAUAAUAUUGAUAAUUUCUCUUGAGAAGCAGUGAUUCACAGUGUGCUUUUGACGGUAUAGAAGUUGCAGUUUCUUACUAAAGGAUUUGGAAAAUAUCUUUUGUUGCUGCAUGCUGCAAAAGAAGAAUUUUGAAGUAUUGUCUGUACACAUACAAUGCAGUGAUUACUGUAAUUGCCAUCAUGGACUUUCUCUUACAAGUCUGCCUUGAUACGCACUUGCCUUACAUACAUGUGGCCAACUUACUGUCAUUUUAAGUGCAUUGUACCAAAGAAAAUGUCCCUGCCAUAAACAGUUCCAUUCAUAACAUGAA